AAACACCAUUUUUAAGCCCACUCAAACUCUUAACUCUUUUCUUGAAGAUGGAUUACACCAAGGAUGAUGUUGAGGAUCCGGAGAAGGAGAAGCCAUAUAGGAAGAUUACGUUGAAGUAUAUGGGUGCAGUCAAAGCUGAAAUAUUGAAGGAUUUCAUCAUUAGGGGGAUGAAAGCCGAAAAGUUGAAGAGUUUGAUAAAUGCAGGGAUCAAAGCUGAAAAGUUGAAGAGUAUGAUGGUUAUUAGGUCUAGAUUGGCACGGUUGAAACAUUGGGCGGUUCGAGCCACGGCGGUGGUGCUGCUGUGGGCUAUUGUAAUUCAGCUGACAGCUAUAGGCCAGACAUUGGGUCCGACCGCAUUUAAGCGUCAGAUCGCAUACCCUCUUCCACCGGAAAGAGUUUAUGAAAAUAAUGGAUAUUUGAUGAUUUCGUCCAAUGGAGGAUUGAAUCAGAUGCGAUCUGGUAUUUGUGACAUGGUUGCCAUUGCAAGAUACCUAAAUGUCUCUCUUAUAGUUCCAGAAUUGGACAAUACUUCCUUUUGGAAUGACUACAGUCAGUUCCAAGAUAUAUUUGAUGUGGAUUAUUUCAUCACUUCAUUGAGAGAUGAAGUUCGGAUAUUGAAAGAGCUGCCUCCUGAGCAGAAGAAGAAAGUAGAAGUGGAGUCCCUCUAUUCCAUGCCACCCAUUAGUUGGUCUAACAUGACAUAUUACUACAACACGAUUCUUCCUCGCAUAAAGACGUACGAAGUCUUGCAUUUGCAAAAAACCGAUGCUAGGCUUGCGAAUAAUGGGAUUCCCAAAGAGGUCCAGAAACUACGCUGUCGUGUAAACUAUGAGGCUUUAAGGUUUGCUCCCCCGAUUGAGAAAGUGGCCAAGAAGGUUGUCAACACUUUGAGGAAAAGAGGGCCUUUCUUGGUCCUUCAUCUCAGAUAUGAAAUGGACAUGGUAGCCUUCUCAGGUUGUACAGAAGGUUGCAACGAAGAAGAGAUUGAAGAGACCACCAAAAUGAGAUAUGCUUACCCAUGGUGGAAAGAAAAAGAAAUAGAUUCGGUGAAGAAAAGGAAAGAUGGUCUAUGCCCUCUGACUCCUGAGGAAACUGCACUAGCAUUGCGGGCAUUUGACAUCGAUCGUAAUAUCCAAGUCUAUAUUGCUGCUGGAGAAAUAUACAAGGCAGAAAGGAGAAUGGCAGCCCUCAAAGAAGCUUUUCCAAAUAUUGUUAGAAAGGAAACAUUACUGGAAGCUUCGGAGCUUAUGCCCUUCCAAAACCAUUCAAACCAGAUGGCAGCAUUGGAUUACCAUGUGGCGAUAGAGAGUGAUAUUUUUGUUCCUACAUAUGGAGGAAACAUGGCCAAAGUUGUUGAAGGCCACAGACGAUAUUUGGGAUUCAGGAAAACGAUCCUUCUAGACAGAAAGAUUCUUGUGGAGCUGAUAGAUGAGUACAACAAUGGAACACUGAGCUGGGAUGAAUUCUCGGCGUCGGUGAAGGCAACCCACGCAGAUCGCAUGGGGAACCCAAGUAGAAGAUCGGAGGUUCCAGGUAAACCCAAGGAAGAGGAUUAUUUCUGGACAAAUCCCCACGAGUGCUUGUCACCACUUGAUUGAUCUUGAACCAUGAAAAUUAAGCACGUGAUUAUCAAAACAAUUUUAAUUUCUACUGCUAUCAUACACCAUCAGAACAAUUUUAGUUAUACGAUAGUCCACAUGGGGCUCUUCGUUCUAUUGUAAUAAUGUGCUUCAAUUCCUGUGAC